CUCUUUGUUUAUUUUUACUGGACAUAAUAUUCAACUCAAAGAUGAUCACUGUUUCUUUGUUUCUGUAUAUCUCAAAAAGGAAACCGACAACUCAAAGGAUUUGCAGAAAGUGCAGCUAGUUAGUUCCAUUUUGCAUCCUCCCUCCCUCCAUUAAAUUUCAGUCAAAACAAAACCUCUUUUAGGUGUGAAAUUCCACAAGCCAAAAUCAUCUCCGAGACACCAACAACCGCAACCACAUAUUCUUUAUUUAUUGAAGUGGAUCAAUACAUAAAAAAGGUUAAUUAGUAAAGUCACACGUGCUUUCUAACGGUGGCGCACCAGAGGGGUUUAGGUUCAGGUUCGGGGAAGUUCUUGGCGGCGGAACAAGGCGGCGAUGAGGAAACGGAAGAGAGUACUGUAGGUUCGGUUCCGAGCCAUGUGGUCUCUGCAGCUUCGGCCCAAACCAAUAAUCAGUGGGUCCCGGCAAGUGGUUCUCCAAUGAUGUCACGUUUUAUGAAUGCUCCUUCCUCUCCAGGAUUGUCUCCUCUGUUUGGCGUUGGCCACAAGAGAGCCCGUGAAGACGACACGGGUGCGGGUGCAAGUGUGGGUCUUGGUGUUGUUGCAGCAGCUUCUUCACAAACACAAGGGAAUGAAAGUGGCGGCGGCGAGAGGAGGAGGAGAUACAGAGGAGUGAGGCAGAGGCCGUGGGGGAAAUGGGCGGCGGAGAUUCGCGAUCCUCACAAAGCGGCGAGAGUGUGGCUUGGGACAUUCGACACUGCCGAGGCUGCAGCCAGAGCUUACGAUGAAGCCGCAUUGAGGUUCAGAGGUAACAGAGCCAAACUUAAUUUCCCCGAAAAUGUUGUACAGGUUCAACCUCCUCCUCCGCUUCCAAAUUUACCGGCAAGUGCGGUUGCUGGUUCCGGUUCCGGUUCGGUUGUGACAGGUUUUGCGCCGACGGUGAUGCAGGGGACGCGGUUUCAGGACUCCUCUGAUUUUCUGAGAGACUAUUGGGGGUAUUCUCAGCUGCUGAGGAGUACAGGGGAGUUCCAUGGACUCGACCACUGGUUCUUUGAUUCGCAAAUGGCAGCGUUUCAAUCUUCUUUGCCGUCUUCGUUGUUGCCAUCACCGCCGCCGCCGGCGUUUCUGCCUUCCUCUGCUUCGUAUCCUCUGUUUUCUUCUAGCCAGCAAAUGGGGAUUUUCCGGCCGCCGGGAGAGCAGGGUCACGGCGGAGAAGACGGUGGUAGCGGGUCGGGGUUCACAGAGCUUCUACCUUCGACUUGGUCAGAUACCAGUGGCUAUCCUCCUCCACCACCUGGUUGACAUGGAAAUUGGAAUACACAGCUUUUUUUUUUUUUCUUUUUUAUACUAUUUUUUCUCUUUCUUCGGUUAAAGAAAGAACAAGGUUUUUUUUUUCUUACUUUAUUUUAUUUUAAUUAAUCCGUUUUUGUUUUUAAAAUUACUUGGAGUUCAGUUUGCUGAAUUUUUAUGUGGUUUUGGGUUAAA